AUGGUCUACGGCUUCAUCCUCCCAACAACCUCACACCUUUCCUUCCAGACAUUCCUCUCUUCCAACACUCAUCCCUCAUUACCACAAGUCGCCUCAACAGCCCGCCAUGCGCUCCGCGUCGCCCUCAAAGCCCAUAAACGCUUACCCCGCGGCCCGCAACAAGACGCCCACUUGAUCACCGUCCUCAACGCCUUGAACGAUUACCUGCCCUACCUCCUUGCUAUUUCGAAUGGAUUGAGCGGAACUACUAUCGGAAAUAAUACAGAGGAAGUUGAGAUAACUCUCCGCGCCGAGCUCGAGUCCGAAUGGCGCGCCACACUGUCCUCCACUACCCCUUCGCUGCCCAUAAAGGGCAAAGGCACGAGUGCCGGCCGUGUCCGAGGCCAUGGCAUUGAUUUCGAGAUUGCAUUUACCGUAACGACGCUGGGAUAUGUACUGAGUAACAUGGCGCACUCUACCGUCGUCCGGACGCUAUACGCCACGAAGACCCCGGCACCCGAGCAACGCACCGCAGCCGUACAAACAGCUACGAAAUACCUACUACAAGCUAGCGCGGUACAUACUUUCCUCUCCACAUAUUCUUCGUCAACUGGCACGGCGCCAAACAGUGUACCGGAUCUCGACCCCGCAACGCAAUCAGCUCUCUCCUCGCUCGUACUAGCAGAGGCAACACUCCUAGCUGUGUUAAAGGAUGAUUCCUACGUCGCGAUUUGUAUCCAGACGCGCAAUCCCAAUGAUAAGGAUUGGAUGGUGCGCGCGGCUGAGAUCCCCAAGGUCCGCGCAAUGCUUUUUGCGCGGUUAUGUGUCCGCGCCGCCGAAUACGCGGAGCAGGCGACUGCCGGACUAGGUGCUGUGGGUGCACAAGGGAAAGGCGGGAUUGAAGAUGAUUUGGUUAAGUAUGCGCGCGUGCUGGGGCGUGUGGCCCGGGCGAGAGCUUGUCGGUUCUUUGGGGUCGAUGCGGAGUUAGGUGGGAAGGUUGGGGAGGGGAUUGCUUGGUUGCGAGCGGCGAAGAGUGCUUUAGGUUUGAGGAUUGGACCACCGAGUUUGAUGGAAGGCUCUGCAAAGCGGGAGCGAGGGUUCUCCAGGUUGAAACGGGAAUGGUCGGAACGGAGGGAAGAGCGGAAGAUGGAGAAGGAUGCUGGGAGUCGGGAUCGGGGGGAGAUGAGUGAGCUUGAUCCAGGUGAUAAUGCUGGGAGAGAAGAGGAGGGGCGAGUUAUUGAGAUGUUGGAAACGAAAUGGGUUAGGAUGAAUGAUACAAUCAACACGCAACUGGUCCCCCAAUCGACGGACCUUCUAACGAACUUGCCCUCCGGUCGAGAUAUCCAUUCCCCUCCUGGUCCUUACAAGCUUCCAUCAUUGGAUGAAGAGGAGCUUGUGCGGAUGCGUGCUCCGCCGGGAGAUGACGAGAUAGGACCAGGAAGCGAUAUAGAUGACAGUGACGAGGAAGCUGCUGUUGAUGUGAGGGAUACAGAUAAACGUGCUGAGCAUGAGAGUGCUUAUUAUUGA